UUCAAUUAAUGUAGAUAAAUUAGAGUGAUCUUACGAAUCUUCAACUUUAAUUUUAAAAGUAGCCAGAAAGAAUAAGUGAAAAAGGCUUUGAAGGAAGAUGACAAGUACAAACAGAUUCAAAGAUAAACUCAUCAAAAUAUUUGUUCCCUCUAUUUUCUAUGCUCUUCCACCCAUAUCUCUAAUUUUCCUAUUUUUUUACUUUCACUCAUUUGCUCCAUUUUUCACUCCUUUCACUCACCACUCUUCACUUUAUGUUUCUAAGCCUAAAGAAAAGGAAAAUCCUAAUUGGAACACAUGUGACUAUUCCAAUGGCACAUGGAUUCAUGACAAUAGAACUCAUUUAUAUAAUGGAACAACAUGUAAGAUCAAGGAAAGUCAAAAUUGCAUCUUCAAUGGAAGACUUAACUCAAGCUACCUUCAUUGGAGAUGGAAACCAAGUGAGUGCCAUCUACCAAUUUUUGAACCAAACACUUUUCUCAAACUCAUCAAUAACAUGCACAUAGCUUUUGUUGGAGACUCUUUAGCUAGGAACCAAAUUGACUCACUUAUUUGCUUAUUAUCCACUACUUCAAAACCUAAACGUGUCUACCAUCAAGGCUCUAGAAAGUGGUAUUUUGGUACUCAUAAUGCAAACUUGUCAUUCUAUUGGUCACCAUUUCUUGUGAAGGGUGAUCAAAGAAAAUCCAAAGGGCCAAAUUAUAAUAAAAUCUAUUUAGACCAUGUGAAUGAGAGAUGGGCUAGGGAUAUAGAUCAAAUGGACUUGAUUGUGUUAUCAUUUGGUCAUUGGUUUAUGGUUCCUUCAAUUUACUAUGAGGGUGAUUAUGUUAUAGGUUGUUUAAAAUGUCAUGAUUUGAAAUUUAAUUACACUGAUAUUGGCUUUUAUGUUCCAAUGAGAAAGGCUUUAAGGACUACCAUUAAUAGUAUAAUAGAGAGGAAAGUUUCUAAAGGGAAUGGAAUUGAUGUGAUUGUAAGAACAUUUUCACCAUCUCAUUUUGAAGGUGAUUGGGAUAAGGGAGGCACUUGUUCAAAGAAUGAGCCAUAUGGAAAUGAGGAGAAGAAACUUGAAGGAGUGGAUGCUCAUAUAAGAAGUAUUCAGAUAGAGGAAUUAAAAAAUUCUAAGAGAAAAGCUAAAGAACUUGGACUUAAUUUUGAGGUGCUUGAUAUAACAAAGUUGGCAUUGUUGAGACCAGAUGGUCAUGUAGGUGCUUAUAUAAAUCCUUUUCCAUUUGCUAAUGGGAUUCCAAAGCAUGUACAAAAUGAUUGUGUUCAUUGGUGCUUACCAGGAACCGUAGAUACUUGGAAUGAGAUUUUUUUGGAGAUAAUGAAGAAGCGAAAAGACCAUUCACAGGUUGAAAAAUGAUACAUUUCUCGUUUUACAUUUUUAAGAGAGGAAUGAUUUAAUUUGAAUGAUCUUUUCAUACAUAUUGUAAAGAAUAAUAUAUGCUUUGUUCACAUUCAUAAGGGUGAUCUUAGUUUGUUUCUAAGUUACAAGUUCUUAAAAAAUAUAGAUACAUUAAAACAGAACACAAUAUAUACUACUUAGGUGAUUUCAACUUAGUUUUAAUUGUGUGUGAAAAUAGUUUAUAAUGUACUAUCACACCCAAGUUAGCUAGUUAGAAUUUUAGUUACAUAUAGUUCAAGUUAGUUACUUAACUUGGUGUGCAAGUUACAAUAUAAUGUAUGAGCAACAUGUUAAGUUAUAGUGUAUUCUAACACUCG